CAGAAUUGUCAGCUGGUGGUGUAUAGAAAUAGUUGGAUGAGCAAGUGAAUUUGGGAUUGUAUGAAAUUAAAUAAUUUAUGGAAAAUUUAUUAACUUCAACAUAAUUAACUGAUAAUAAAACUGUGUAAAAGCUAUAAAAUUUGUGAAAGAAUAAUUUGCGUGCAUUUUGACGCUACGAAACAAAUAUUUGAAAUAAAGGUAUUAGAAUUUUCCAAAAUUAGACUCUUGAAAAACAAAUGAAAGGAAUUGGGGUGAAUGUGUAAAUCAGUGCUAAUUCCCUGUGUGAUUUCACAAGACAAGUUUUGUGCUCAGAAGAAGGUUAUUAAUUAGCUAUUCAACAAAAAUUAUAAAUUGUGCAACAUUUCAACAACAAAAAUCAGCAAACUAAAACCACUACAACGGCAGGGCUUAUCUGAGGCACGUGCUGAGAAAUCGGUUGCUGUAGCUGUUGUUGCUUUGUCUUGUCCACCCACCCAUUGCACCGAUUUCUCAUUUUCAGCUGGAGCGGCAGCGGUACAUACAGUUAAAUAAAUAUUUCCGAGCUGUCACUCACAAGCCGAAGUCAUAGACGACAACUGACGCGCCACAACGACUUUCCCAGCGCACACUACUUGGCUGCAGAAAUCAACUGAAGCGCUUCUGGCGAAGGCGACCUUGACAUUUGGUGCAUUUGGUGUAGACGGUGACGUGGAAGCACAAUAAAGUUGUUGUAAAAUGUCCUCACCCAGCGCUGGUAAGCGACGCAUGGACAAUGAUGUCAUCAAGCUAAUUGAAUCCAAGCACGAAGUGACCAUUUUGGGCGGCCUAAAUGAGUUUCAUGUGAAAUUUUUCGGACCACAUGGCACACCCUAUGAGGGUGGCGUAUGGAAGGUGCGCGUCUACCUGCCCGACAAUUACCCAUUCAAAUCGCCAAGUAUAGGGUUCGUGAAUAAAAUCUACCAUCCGAAUAUCGACGAAUCAUCCGGCACUGUGUGCCUGGACGUGAUCAAUCAGGCUUGGACCGCACUAUAUGAUCUCUCGAAUAUAUUCGAAUCAUUUCUACCACAAUUGCUGACAUAUCCGAAUCCGGUUGAUCCGCUGAAUCGUGAUGCAGCGGCGUUGUACUUGCACGAACCGGAGGAGUAUCAUCGCAAAGUGGCCGACUAUGUGCAACGCUAUGCCACCGAGGAGGCGUUGCGUGCGGCGCAACAGGAGCGAGAGAGCAGCGACAGCGAAUCGAGCAUGUCGGAUUAUAGUGAAGACGAGGCCCGUGAUAUGGAGUUAUAAUAUCGGUUUAUGGUUAAGCUAAUUAUAUGAAUUUGAAUUACAUUUAAAUAAAAACAAAUACAAAAAUAUAACAAAAAAGCAAAAAAACGAUACAAAUACAUAUACACGCUCACACGCAUACUACGUAAACUUAAAACAAACACACACACAUACAUACGUGCAUACUACAAUCCUACCUAGCAACUAAAAUAAAUGAAGCAAGUGAAAAGAACACAAAAUAUACAUACAUACGUACAUAUAUAAUGAAUUAUGAAGAGGAAAUAUAACAAAUUUGAAAACCGAAAACCGUUAAACGAGAUAUUCAUGUGUAUUUGUGUGCGUGCAUACACAUACAUAUAAACAAUAAUGGAGCACGGGUGCCACGCGCCAGGCACAGGCAGCUUGAAGCGCUGCAUAGCAACAACAACAAGAACAAAAACACAAGCAACGUGCAGAAUUCCGAAACUUUGACAUUGUCACACACACACACACAAACACACUCAAGCCAGCCAGGCACGAGUUGUGCCAGCAAAAACAAGGCCAAUGUCAAUGUCAAGCCGAAUGGCUAAGUGCCUGCCUGCCAGUUAGUGGGCAGCGUGUGGCUACAACAACAACAAUAAUACCAGCUGCGAAAUGUCAGAAUUCAAUUUAACUGUAUAACGUCGCUCCCAAGUGGAGCCACACCACCAACGAUGCAGCGCAUGAUCCUUGCUCUGGCCAACAAAAACACAUAACUGCAAUGAACAACAAUAAAAACAACUGCUAACGAUUGCUGCUGAAAGACAUGCAGCUCACAGUCGCGAGCAGCGACAGCACCAACAACGCAAAAUAUCAACAAAACCAAUAAAAACAAGGAAAACUAGCAGCAAAGGCAACAACAACAAAACCAACAUCUACAGCUACAUGCAUACAUAUAACAAUCAUCACAUCGCGCACACAAACGGAAAUCUAUGUUUUAUGUCAAAUUUGAAUUCGAUUCAAUUGUUGUAAAUUUAAGCACAUUUGGAAUAUUGGCAAAUUUUAUAAUUUUAAGCUCUGAUCCUUUUUGUAACUCGUAAGUCGCCAUUCAAAACAUUCAUAUUAAUGAUUUUUUAAUUUGUUUUGCUUUUUUUUAAUUUUUGUUUUUGUAAUCUAAUUAGUAUACUCUUGCAUAUUUGAUUUGGUAUGUGUUGGCAAAAUGCAACAACAACAAUCAAGAAGAGAAAAUAUAAAUAAAACCAAACAGAUGCAUACAAUUAUUCUAAGUCUUUCGAAAUAGAUUAAAAAACAAUUAAACAAAAUUAAAAAUA